AUGAAAGCCAAAUUCACAAAACAAAUUAAUCCAGAAAAACUAAGUCAAAGCCAAAGUAAAGAAGCUCGACAUGAGUUUACGUUUUUGGGUCGAUUACUAUAUGAGGAUUUUCCUGAGUUACACGACAAAAGACGUAAUCAAUUAAAUAACAGAAUAACUUUUCUUGCUUUAAUUUUUUUGAUUUGUAUUUCGAUUUUAACCACCGAAACAUUUGGAACUGAAACUACUGGUGGUUGUCCUUUGGCAAAUAAAUGUCCAUAUUAUCAAGCAAUAGAGUCUGGUAAAAAAUUCGAGGAUAUUGAUUGGGAUAACACCAACUGUCCAGCAGCUGGAAAAUGUCCAUAUUACGAAAAGUUAAAGGAAAAAGCAGUGUUAAAUGAUGGCAAAUUACCAACACCUCAAGAAGCUGGAUGUCCUUAUACUGAAAAAUGCCCACAUUUCAAAGAUCAAAAUCAUAACCACCAUGUUGAUGGUGAUGCGACAAAGUGUCCUUAUCUUACUGGAGGUGGUAAAAAUAGUGAAGAUGCUGUGGCUAAAUGUCCUCAUUUACAAAAAUUAGCAGUAGAAAAACGAGAUAAUAAUAAGGAUGAACUUUAA